CCUUGCAAAGUAUAUAUCCCCCACGCUUGAUCCACCCGACUGAGUAUCGCCACGCACCUAACCCGACACCCGAUUUCCUGUCCUCCUUUCUCCCCAUCGGACUUUGCUUUGUCGUCCUGCCCUGGCACCGUUGCCGGCAGUUCAUCAUGGCCGACAUGUCUGGUUCCCCCGGUGCCAAUGAGAUGACCUUCGAGCAGAUCAAGGAGACCGCCCUCUUCCAGAUGCAGAUGAACAUCGUCCAGACCCUGACCUCGGCCAUCUCCGACAAGUGCUUCGAGCGCUGCGUCACCAAGCCUGGCUCCCGCCUGGACUCCAGCGAGACCUCCUGCGUGUCUCGCUGCACCCAGCGUUUCCUGGAGGCCCGCUCCAUCGUGGCUGCCGCCUAUGUCAAGGCCAGCUCUGCCUCCCGCGAGUUCGAGUAAGUCUCCCCCCCUCCUCCUCCCCACCUGCCUUACCGUGCCGCCCGGUUCACUCCAUUCCCCAUACUCUUUCAGCCCUGCUCUCCUGCCAUCAUUUUCCUCCCUGGCCGACUGAAGAUAAAUCACCACUUUCCAA